CUACUAGCUAUUAAUCAAGCCGAAACACUCACUAAAGAUGGGGUUUUCACUACCAGGUUUCUCAUUACUGUUCCUCCUAACACUCCUUGAUCUGGUGCUUUCCAGUGAAGGCACUGACAUUAUUAGCUUUUACGAAAACUAUAAUGUUACUUGGGGUUUUGAUCACGUCUUAUCUCUAAAUCAAGGGAGGGAAAUCCAGCUCUCAAUGGAUAGUUCUUCGGGGGCUGGUUUCGCAUCCAAGUUAAGCUAUGCCUCUGGAUUCUUUCAUUUGAAGAUGAAGCUACCCGACAGGGAUUCUGCUGGAGUAGUUACUGCUUUCUAUCUAACCUCUAAUGGUAAUAAGCAUGAUGAGCUGGAUUUCGAGUUCUUGGGGAAUAGGGAAGGCAAGCCGUACACAUUACAAACAAAUGUAUUCGUAAAUGGUCAAGGGAAUAGGGAGCAAAGAAUUCAUCUUUGGUUUGAUCCCACAGCAGAUUUUCAUACCUACAAAAUUCUCUGGAACCAACACCAGAUUGUAUUUUUUGUGGAGGAUACGCCCAUCAGAGUGUUCAAGAACAUGAAGAGAGACAUAGGAGUUGAUCAUGAGACGUACCCAUCACAGCCAAUGCAAAUCGAAGCCAGCUUGUGGAAUGGAGAUAGCUGGGCAACUGAUGGAGGCCAAACAAAAACGAAUUGGAGUAAUGCACCAUUUAAAGCACACUUUCAAGGAUUUGAAAUCGGUGCCUGCUCAGUUGAUCAUGAUCAGAUCAACUCAGGCGCCGACUUUGAACAUUGUUAUUCUACCGGGUAUUGGUGGAAUACGGAGAAGUACUGGAAGCUGAAUCACAGAGAGCAGCGAGAAUACGAGAAAGUGAGAAAUAUGUACAUGAACUAUGAUUAUUGUUCUGAUAGGACUAGAUAUCCUACUGAUAUUCCUCUCGAGUGCCUUCAGCAUUAAUUAAUUAAUAAAACAAGAACGCAUGAACGCGCGUAUGCAAGAUA